UGUAUUUGUCUGUAUUGAUAUUUCUCAGACAUGUAUUUGUCUGUAUUGAAAAUUUUCAGACAUGUAUUUGUCUGUAUUGAUAAUCCUCAGACAUGUAUUUGUCUGCAGAGUAAAUUUAUCAGACAUGUAUUUGUCUGUACUUUAAAAAUUUAUCAGACAUUUAUCUGUCUGUAUUGAUAUUUCUCAGACAUGUAUUUGUCUGCAGUAAUAAUUCUGAUGAUCAAAUGUAAUUGACAAAAUAAGUAUUAUCAUUAUAGAUGUCCUCUAGGCAGCCGUCCAAACGGCGGAGGAAAGAAGUACCCAAGGAGUCGGGAGCGAUUGAACACUCAGAAAAGAAUGAGACGGUGCAAUCCAUUACUGCAGCAGUAACUGCACAAGUUCUCGAAAACUUAAAGGCAGCGGGACUUUUUCCAAAACCACCAAAUAACAAUGGUGGGACAAAUGACAAUGGUGGAACAAAUGACAAUGGUGGAACAAAAGAAAAUGGUGGAACAAGUAUAGAGUCUGCAACAAAAACAGCAACUGUCUCAAAUGAGGGUCAAUCAGUUUCUGAAGCUGGCAGAACAUGCUCAAAAGAAACCUUGCCCUGUACCAGAACAGCUGCUGCCACAGAACUUCUGGGAUACAUUAAGGUCUUAACUCAAGCAGCAUUGGCUCCUUCUACACAAAAUACCUACAGGCGUGCUUGGACUACUUUUGAGUCUUUUUCAGUAGAAGUACUGGGUCAAGUUAGUAGUCUUCCUUUAUCGGUUUCAACAAUAUCAUUGUUUGUUGCGUACUUGUUUAAAAAGUCUUUUUCUCCAUGCACUAUUUCAACUUAUUUGUCAGCCUUGGGUUAUGUACACAAAAUGUUGUCUUUACCAGACAAUACACGAUCCUUUCUUGUUGACAAACUUACAACUGGUGCUUACCGACUUUCACAAACAAUCGACACAAGGUUGCCCCUUACGGUACCUAUAUUGAACAAAAUGUUGCUGGCAUUGCCGGUCAUUUUGAAUUCGUGUUAUGAACAGUGCAUGUUUAAAGCUAUGUACCUCUUUGCUUUUUCCACCUUUGCUAGAAUUGGUGAAUUAGUUGCUGUUAGAGAUGUACCCCAAGAAAAUAUUUUGCAACUGAAUGAUGUAAGCCUUACAUAUGUUCAGGAUGAAGCAAAAGAAGUAGUUGUAAGCUUUAGAAAAUUCAAACAUAAUACUAAAGAAGGGGCAAAAACCAUUAGGUUUACUGAUGAGAAUAGUGGUACUUCUGAAUCAGCCAUCAAAAGUCUAGUAAAAUUUUUGCAACUCAGACCGAAAUUAUCAGGGCCAUUGUUUUGCUUUACCACUGGUCAACCUGUUUCUAGAUCAUAUUUUGACAGGAUAUUACACAAAUGUCUAGACUUCUGUCAGUUGGAUAGUUCUAAAUACAAAGGUCACAGCUUCCGGAUUGGGGCUGCCACGGCUGCGGCAGAUAGAGGCUGGUCCGAUGCUAGAAUAAGAGAUGCAGGUCGUUGGAAGUCCAAUGCAUUCCGAAAAUACAUAAGGCCAUAAUGUGGAUAAAGCUUAAGUUGCCCUAUCUUUCAUAAAUUCAAACUUAAAAGUAAUCCAUUAAUUGUCUACUAAAAGCUCAUAUUUUCAGUAUUCUACAAACUUUAAUUCUAAAAGAUACCUGCUUGGGCCGGUAUUUUUCAGAUGAAGUUUUUUCGCAGACAGUUUUUAAUGUGCCCAGGUCAAUGUGUCAUUAGGUAUCAAAGGGCAUAUGUGCCUUUCUUCUAAUUGCUUUGCAUUCAAUUCAGCAAUACUUGCUGGGGCCGGUAUUGCCUGUUUUUAUUUUGUACAAUAUUUUACCUCAUUCAGCAAUACUUGCUUGGGCCGGUAUUGCCUGUAUGUCUUAUGUUCAAUAAUUUUACACAAUUUUAAUUAGAUAGCCCACGUUUAUUGUGAUGUUUAAAUGUUUCAAUAUUUCUUAGCUGUAAACCACAUCAUGUCAGAAUUUCAGCUGAAAUUAAAUGUAUAUCUAUUAGUAGAUGUCUGCUUGGGCCGGCAUCUCAUUUUACACCCAAAUGGACUUCAUUUUUCCAUUACAACGAAACAAGAUACAUUUUGUAUAUACUGAUAUCAGAUCUGAUGUUAUAAAUUCUGGUCUCCUUUGUUUUUAUGUUUCAUAUAUUUGAUUUUUCGCCAAUGCUUGGCCUCGGUGGGGUAGGAAAGUGUUCUCUUUCCUGGUGGGCUGUUGACCCCUUGCAAGGCCAAGCUUACUUUGUAUUUUUGUAUUAUGGAGAUUAUGUGUUUGUUACCGUGAAAGGUUUUUUGCAUGUUUUUUGUUGUCUUUUUAGUUAUAGUUGAUUAUGUAAUCUUAUGUCAUAAUUUUGGAUUUUACAUGUAUGUAUUUUACAUGUUUUAUAAUUUUUAAAAAUUUUAUCUCAAUUUGAGUAAAAUUUUUUCGCAAUAUAGCCUGUUGUUGUGUGUUUUCUGCUAUGAUGAAAGAGGAAGGCAUAAAUGAAAGUUAUUUUAAUAACUGUUUUUAUGUAAACGAGUGAAUCAUAUGGAUUUUAUUCUAUUUGUUGAAUUUCUGUAUGUAAUCUUAUUUAGUGUAUAACCCGUGGUGAGCCUCGAUGCAUCAGAGGUUUUCCUGAUUUCUGAUUGGUUAAUUAUAUUCGGCGAUCAUAUUACAAUUUUAGCGUCCCUGAUGUAAACACUGUGAAAAAGCUCUGCAGAUUUUUUAAUAAUCCCGCCCACCAUCCCCUGCAUCGCCUUUGAAUUUAUUUUUUAUUUGGUAAGGGGAUGUUGACCCCUUGCAAGGCUGUUGACCCCUUGCAAGGCCAAGCUUACUUUGUAUUUUUGUAUUAUGGAGAUUAUGUGUUUGUUACCGUGAAAGGUUUUUUGCAUGUUUUUUGUUGUCUUUUUAGUUAUAGUUGAUUAUGUAAUCUUAUGUCAUAAUUUUGGAUUUUACAUGUAUGUAUUUUACAUGUUUUAUAAUUUUUAAAAAUUUUAUCUCAAUUUGAGUAAAAUUUUUUCGCAAUAUAGCCUGUUGUUGUGUGUUUUCUGCUAUGAUGAAAGAG